CUGUUUCCACAGGACAGAAAAGCAAGACUCCUGUGUCAGUCAGUCCACUCAAAGAAUCAAUCUAUCCUCUCUUUCUUUCCCUUUUCCUCGCAAUUCUAUUCUUUACUCCCUCCCUAGGUUUUAGACUUUUUUGUCACAUUGUUUUGCCUAUAUAUAUAUAUAUAUAUAUAUAUAUAUAUAUAUAUGUUAUACACGUCGAAAGAUAUUUAUAUACAUCUAAUUGAUAUUUUAUCUAUAUAUAUAAUCUGUCUAUACAAGUAUUCUGUGCUCUCUCUUUUCUGAUUCAAAUUCGAGUCCCCCAAAUUGAUCGAAACAUAUCAAAAUUAGUUCCGAAAUUCUAAACCCUACAAAACUGUGAUACUUUCUUGAUUCGAAUUGUGUUGCAAGAAUCGGAUUGAUCGGUCAAUUAUGGUGAAGACGACCGAGAAUGGGUCUGGCGUACCGGCCUUCUUGUCCAAAUGCUAUGAGAUGGUCGAUGAUCAAUCCACGGACGGUUUGAUUUCAUGGAGCUCGUCCGAUGACAGCUUCGUCAUAUGGAAUGCCCCUGAGUUCUCCUCCGCAUUGCUUCCCAAUUACUUCAAGCACAACAAUUUCGCCAGCUUUAUUAGGCAACUCAAUAUCUAUGGUUUCAGAAAAAUUGAUACUGAUCGCUGGGAAUUUGCAAAUGAAGGAUUUAUGAAAGGCCAAAAGCAGUUGUUGAAGAACAUUAGUAGAAGGAAAUCGUCUCAGGGCCUGGAUCAGCGGAGGUCAUCCCAGAAAAAAGACAAGGAUGUUGAAGCACGUGAAGAAAAUAAAAAUUUUGGGCUGUGGAAGGAAGUUGAGAAUCUUCAGAUUGAUAAAAAUGCUCUUAUGGAGGAACUGGCUAAACUGAGGCAGAAGCAGCAAAGCUCACAGAGUAAGUUGCUGGUCCUAAGAGAUCAACUUCAAGGUAUGGAACAAAAUCAGCAGCAGAUGCUUUCAUUCAUAGUGAUGGCCAUGCAAAACCCUGGAUUUUUGGUUAAGCUGCUUCAGCCAAGAGAGAAUAACUGGCGUGUGGCUGAACCGGGCAAGAGUGUUCUUAAACGAGUUUCAGAUGAUCACGAACCUUCUGAGGGGAUGAUCGUAAGGUACCAAGGGCCAAUUGACGACUCUCCGGAUGAUCUUUAUAGACCAAUUUCAACUUCGGAAGAAUCACUGCAAUUGGGUCUUAAUCCAGAUGACGAUUUUUUUAUGAAUAUUGAUUUUCCAUUGGAGGAAGAAUUUCAAUCUCCAGAUAAGCAUGGCAUGGUUAUCCUCCCAGAUCUAACUGAUGAUGAUGGCACAAUGGAUCGUCUUUUAUCUAGUCCAUUCUUACAGAAAAUCGAUGGUUCCGAGCUUGAUAUUGAAGAUACUAUUGACUCUGGAAUGGAGAUGGAAUCAACAUCUUGCAGAUCCCAGCUAAAAGAAUCUGCUAAGUUUGAAAACUUAGCAGAAGGAUUGGAGAUCUCUCGGCCUUUGAAGAUGGAAACAUCAGCGUGUAAAAUGCAGUUGGAUGGUUCUCAAAAUAUGGUAAUUCUAACUGAACAAAUGGGACUUCUAGCUUCUCAACGCCGCCUCAAGCGUUAAAACAUCUUUGCUCAAUACUAAAUAAUACCAGGAGAUGACCUGAAGUUUUGGUAUUUUUGUGGGCAAUUGACACCUCUUUACAGUACAACUCAUGAUGGAACCUGGUUUUCUGAUUCUAUCAGCACUUAUCUUUUCGAUCGUCACAGUAGCAAUUUGUUUUCUGAAUGAUAUUUCAACAUGUUUUGUUAAUAUUUAUAUAAUAGAUCUUUCAAGACAUAGAAUUAGAGGAAUGAAUUAACCGUGCCGGUGCCACCCUAGGUAUUUCGUUUUUAAGGUUUCUGUAUAUCAUUAUAGGUCCUCUGUAUUAUUGAAGCAUGCAUACAUGUAUGAUUAUGCAUAGUUAUAACUUUUGCCAAUGCAGUUCCUAUAAGCUGUCAAGUGCAAGCUUAUGGUUCUUCAUGAUUUGAUUGUUUGAAGUC